AAGAAGUUGUGUUUAUCAGCAUCCAGGCAACUACAAUCUAAAUCCUAUGCACGCUCCCAACUUAAUCCGAUGGCAUCACCGCUUGAUCAGCCUGGUAACUGAAGUUUUUCCAAUCAAGUUUUGUAAAUUUUAAAUCAUAAUUUUAUUUUAAUUUGCUUUGAAUUGGUAUUUCUUACAAUUGUUCACGUUCAGUCAUUUAUCUUAUUAGUUAAUAAUUAAUAAUUGUUCAUUUAGUCUGUAUUAUUACAUUUUUGUAAGUGGAUCAUAAGUCUUAACUAUGGAACCCGAUUUUGAAAGCCACGUAAUGUGGUUUUUAUUAGGUUAUAGUUUUCUUAUGUUUACUCUUCCGUUUGUUGGAUUUUUCACCAUGAAAUAUUUUCUCGGUCAAAUUUUGAACAUCCAAGGAUAUAAAGUUAUUGCUAUAUCGGUUAUAUUUGCUGUUAUUAUUGUACAAUUAAUUAUUUAUAGUUAUGUAAAACAAGCAUUUAAUGAACCUGUUGAUAAAGUUGAUGACGGUGGUGGUCAUGAAGAUGAAAAAGAAUUUAUUGAUGACAAAAAAGAUCAAUAGUUAUUAAUAAUUGAAAUAUUUUAUUUCCAUCAUUUCUUAGUAUUAGUGAUAGUCAAAAAUAGUUGUAAUUUCCAUCUAGAUAUUAAGCAUUUCUUAUAAAAUUCAAUAUUAUAAUUUAAUUA